UCCUGGACUACUUUCCUCCCCAGAGGAAAGCAGAACUGAGCCAACACAGCCCGAGGCAGUGACAGCUCUACCCUGCGCUGGCGCAGAGAUCCCUGGUGCUGGGGCGCCAAAGGUAUAGGAUGAACACCUACCUUUUCAUUUAUUAUUUAAUCCAGUUCUGUGGGCACUCAUGGAUAUUUACAAAUAUGACAGUCAGAUUUUUUUCAUUUGGGAAAGAUUCUAUGGUAGAUACUUUCUAUGCUAUUGGUCUUGUGAUGCGCCUUUGCCAGUCCCUUUCCCUCUUGGAGCUGCUGCAUAUAUAUAUGGGGAUUGAAUCAGAUCGGCUUUUACCCAGAUUUCUGCAGCUAACUGAGAGAAUAAUCAUACUUUUUGUGGUGAUCACUAGUCAAGAUGAAGUCCAAGGAAAAUAUGUCGUGUGUGUUUUAUUCUUCCUCUGGAAUCUAUUGGACGUGGUUAGGUAUACAUAUAGCAUGUUAUCUGUGGUAGGAAUUUACUACCAUAUUUUGACAUGGCUCAGUCAAACACUCUGGAUGUUCAUUUAUCCUCUAUGUGUUCUUGCUGAAGCAUUUGUCAACUACCAGUCACUGCCUUAUUUUGAAACCUUUGGCACUUACUCCACCAAACUGCCUUUUGACUUAUCAAUAUAUUUUCCAUAUGUUUUGAAAAUAUACCUCGUGGUGCUUUUUGUAGGAAUGUAUUUUACCUAUGAUCAUCUCUAUUCGGAAAGAAAAAAUGUCCUCAAAAACUUUCAUGUCAAAGAGAAGAAAAAUUAAGGCUUCAUCAUGAAGACCAUCUCCUGCAAUAUGCUGCUGCUAACAUACCGUGUUAAGUACUUAUCUUGAAAAAAUGCCAAAUGUUUGAAAAAUAGCUAAUAUUUUUCCUAACUUGGAAUGAAACAUGAAAACCCUUCAAAGAGCCCUGGGCAUUCAAAUAUGGUUGUUCCUUGUUUCAUACACAUUUUGCAUCUAAUAUAUGCUUCCUGCCUCACCACCACUGUGGAUUUUUGUUGUUGUUGAAAGUUAUAUUGGAUAUUUGUGUAGAAGUCUGUUUUUUUUUUCCUUGUAAGCUAAACAACUGGAAUAAAUCCAACUGGAAUAGAGUCUCAAUGCAUUUUUGAAACAGUCUAGUAGCCUAAAUUAUUUCCAGUUAUGUACAUUUUUUUCUUUGCAGUUUUUUUCUUGUCUGAGUUCUCAGAGUAAAAACAUAGUCAGGAUAAGUUGAAAGCCAAUGUAUAGGGAGGACAUUCAUGAAACAUAUCCUGUUCUUGCCUGUACAGCAAUUCACUUUGUGAAUAUGUUUCAAGUUUUCCACAGCUAGUAAUCUAAACUCCUAUCAGUAUUAAAUUCACCUGGAAAAGGCUGUGCCAAGUAAGAAGAGUAAAACCAUUUGAUUUUUUUUCACUACAAAACUAAAAGUUUAAGUUAUUUAGGAUUCAAACCUUAAAGAGAAUACUUAAUUAAAUUCAUUAUUUUAGCAAGAAACAAAUGAGAUAACUUGUUAUAUCAUGUUGUGAUACCUAAGUUCCAACUGCUGGAAUUUUUUUUUCUUUUUUAAAAACUGAUUAAUUGACAAGAAAUAAUCAAUUGUACAUAUGUAAUUAAAGAUACUUGAUUUGGAGUUUUUGCCAAGCAUUUUAAAAUGGAAAAUAUUAAAUAAUCACUUCAUUUAAGAUAUUACAUUGUCUGUUUCACUAUUUAAAUCAAUAAAGUAAAACUUGACCAGUGACAAAGGAAAAAGGUAACUAGUAACUUUGUAGAUUUCAAUUCCCUUUUUCUCCCAUUGCAAUAUGUGUUCAUUGAUCAUUUCUACAAAUGUCUACAUAAACUAUAGACCUGGUCUCCAGCUUUCUUCUGUGAUCUAGUCCCAAAUCUUCAAUUGUCUGCUAGGCAUGUUAACAUUGAGGAAUGAUACUCAUUUCAGAAUCACCUGUUUGAAAUAAUAAAGAAAUGUGAAUGUGCCUUUGGCAGUUCAAACACACUGUGAGUCUUGGAUAGCCAAUGCUGAACUUACCGUCUCCCACAAUUCUUUCUACCCUUUCUUUCAACUUCUGCAUUUAUAUUUGAAGUAAUUAAAAUCUCUUUGCCACCCUGGUUCAAAA